UUCCGUGUCCGCAUCUUACUUUUACGGACAUCAAACUCUGCAUUUUAUCACAUUUUUAUGAAGUUCCUUGUAUUUUCAGAUAGUUUACAUUAAACUCCAAUGGCGACAAGAAAGCCAGGUUUAAUUGCUUUGUUUGAUGUUGAUGGAACUCUUACGGCUCCAAGAAAGGAGGCCACCCCGCAAAUGUUGGAGUUCAUGCGAGAACUCAGAAAGGUUGUUACAGUUGGUGUUGUCGGUGGAUCAGACCUUUCUAAGAUAUCAGAGCAGCUCGGAAAUUCGGUCAUUAAUGACUAUGAUUAUGUAUUUUCGGAGAAUGGACUAGUUGCUCAUAAGGAUGGGAAACUGAUAGGCACCCAGAGCUUGAAGUCUUUUCUUGGAGAGGAAAAGCUCAAGGAAUUCAUAAAUUUCGUACUUCACUAUAUUGCUGACUUGGACAUUCCAAUAAAAAGGGGAACAUUCAUUGAAUUCAGGAGUGGGAUGCUCAAUGUUUCACCUAUUGGGAGAAACUGCAGCCAAGAAGAAAGGGAUGAGUUUGAAAAGUAUGACAAGGUUCACAAUAUCCGCCCAAAAAUGGUAUCUGUGCUUCGGGAGAAGUUUGCUCAUCUCAACUUGAAGUUUUCAAUUGGGGGACAGAUAAGCUUUGAUGUUUUCCCUCAAGGUUGGGACAAGACAUACUGUUUGAAGUACCUUGAUGACUUCCAUGAAAUUCACUUCUUUGGAGACAAAACUUACAAGGGAGGGAAUGAUCAUGAAAUUUAUGAAUCUGAGCGAACAGUGGGUCACACAGUUACCAGCCCUGAAGAUACGGUGGAUAAGUGCAAAUCUCUCUUCCUAGCCAACCCCAGAGCUUAGGACAAACAUAUUGAUUUUACUGUUGUGAGAAUAAAAAUGUAAUUCUUUUAUGAGCAAUUUGAUGUAAUUUCUUUUAUUUUCACCGAUAUUUUAUGUUAUUUGAACUACUGGAAUGGGAGAACAUAUUUUCCAUCUCUAGGUCAUGAUUCUUGCAUAUUUGCAGUUGAAUAAUGGGUAUUUUACUUUGGCA